AUGCGCCUCUUCAAUACUCAACACGAAUUCCAGUAUUCCUGGGACGAGGUCUCGACCGCAAAUUGGCGCAAGUAUUGCCCAUGGAAUGACCAAUCAACACACGUAAUCGCCGUCGAUACCCUCUCUCGCUCUCUGGACCCACAAACCAACAUCCUCCGCACCGAGCGGCUCAUCACCUGCCGACAAUCAGCACCAUCAUGGCUCAAGACCGCGCUUGGCCGUAAAGAGGACACGAGUAUGGUGUACGAGGUCUCCUAUGUGGAUCCAAAGGAGAGGAAGGUCACGAUGUGCAGUCAGAAUAUGACUUGGAGUGAUAUCUUAUCUGUGCAGGAAACCGUCGUGUACAGGGAUGGAGUGCUUGGCAAGGGCGGGAAAAUCGGAACGACCAUCUUUGAACAAAGGGCGAAGAUCAUUGCGCUCUGUGGUGGGUGGCAGAGGAUUAAGAAUGCUGUGGAGGAGUUUAGUGUGGAGCGUUUCAGGCAGAAUGCCGCCAAGGGGAGGGAUGGGUUCGAGAGGGUGUUGAGGAUCUCGCGAGAGGUCUUUAGGGAGGAGAGGGAGAAGAGGGCGAGCGCGAGCAGUUGA